AUGCAGAACUUAAAGGUUGAUAUAUGUCUGCAUUUGGAGAAGGGACUGGUAGGCAUUGGUGGUGGUGGUGGUGGUACUCCAUACACAGGACUGGUAGGCAUUGGUGGUGGUGGACAUGAAGGGAGAACAGGUGGUGGUGGUGGUGGUGGUGGGGAUUUAUACACAGGUUCACUUGGUGGUGAUGGUGGUGGUGGUGGUGUUCCAUAUAAUGGAACACGACCAGGAGGAGCUGGUUGGCAGGGAUACUCGCAGCGGAUCGGCAAAGCAUCACCGCCAGAAACCACCGGAGAUCCGAUGAAAAUUGAGUUGAAAAGAAGGAAGAAAAGUAAAGUAAAGAAAGAGAAAUAUGACCACAACAUUGCUCCUGAUGAUCAAAUUCUUGGAGAAAAGUAA